AUGUUUGGUAGUGGCUUCAACGGCCCACCACCAGGUCGCGGCGGCGGCGGUAACUGGGGUGCCGCUCAGACCUUCACUCCACGCCAGAACAACUGGGAUAACAGCCCACAGCUCCCACGUGGUUUCGAUCGCAAUGCAUACGGCGCUCCAGGCGGCGGCCACGAUCGAGGCGACCGCGGCGGCUACAGCAGUGGAGGACGACAGAAUCAAGGUGCAGGAGACGGAAAGUGGAUGGACGGCAAGCACGUCGCAGGUCCCGCCAACCAGCGCCUUGAGCGCGAGCUGUUUGGUGUCGCCAACGACCCAACCAAGCAGCAGACUGGUAUCAACUUCGAGAAGUACGACGACAUCCCAGUCGAGGCUUCAGGUCAGGGUGUUCCAGAGCCAGUCACCUCCUUCACCAACCCACCGCUUGACGACCACUUGCUCAGCAAUAUCGACCUUGCAGGAUACAAGAUGCCAACACCUGUGCAGAAAUACUCGAUCCCCAUCGUCAUGAGCGGUCGCGAUCUGAUGGCUUGUGCCCAGACCGGUUCCGGAAAGACUGGUGGUUUCCUUUUCCCAAUUCUUUCACAAGCGUACCAGAACGGGCCAUCUGGCAGCGUUCCUCAGCAGUCUGGCUUUGCUCGUCAGCGCAAGGCCUACCCGACCUCUUUGAUCCUCGCACCAACUCGUGAGCUUGUCUCACAGAUCUAUGACGAGGCCCGCAAGUUCGCCUACCGAUCUUGGGUCCGCCCAUGUGUCGUCUACGGUGGUGCCGACAUUGGCUCCCAGCUCCGCCAGAUCGAGCGCGGCUGUGACUUGCUUGUCGCUACUCCUGGUCGUCUCGUCGACCUUAUCGAGCGUGGCCGUAUCUCACUUGCUAACAUCAAGUACCUGGUUCUCGAUGAGGCUGAUCGCAUGCUUGACAUGGGUUUCGAGCCACAAAUCCGUCGCAUUGUGGAGGGCGAGGACAUGCCUCCAACUGAAGGCCGUCAAACACUCAUGUUUUCGGCCACCUUCCCACGCGACAUUCAGCUGCUCGCACGCGACUUCCUUCGAGAGUAUAUCUUCCUUUCGGUUGGACGUGUCGGUUCGACAUCUGAGAACAUUACUCAGAAGGUUGAGUACGUUGAGGACAUUGACAAGCGCAGCGUGCUCCUCGAUAUCCUGCACACCCAUGGCGCCGGUCUGACGCUCAUCUUUGUCGAGACCAAGCGCAUGGCUGAUUCGCUCUCCGACUACCUGAUCAACCAGGGCUUCCCAGCGACCUCCAUUCACGGUGACCGCACCCAGCGCGAGCGAGAGCGUGCUCUCGAGAUGUUCCGAUCUGGACGAUGCCCAAUUCUCGUCGCUACUGCUGUGGCUGCUAGAGGAUUGGAUAUUCCUAACGUCAUGCACGUCGUCAACUACGAUCUCCCGACCGACAUUGACGACUACGUCCACCGUAUCGGUCGUACUGGUCGUGCAGGAAACACUGGUAUUUCCACUGCUUUCUUCAACCGUGGCAACCGUGGUGUGGUUAGAGACCUCAUCGAUCUCCUCAAGGAGGCCAACCAAGAAGUUCCAGGCUUCCUCGAGACGAUAGCACGUGAGGGUUCUGGCUUCGGUGGUGGCCGUGGCGGUCGCUCUGGAGGCGGACGUGGCCGUGGCGGCUCUGCCAUGAAGGACGUCCGUAGCUUCGGUGGCGGUCAGCGCCCAGCCUACGCUGGUGGCAUGAUGGGCGGUAGCGGCGGCGGCGGCGGUGGCUACGGAGGUGGCUACGGCGGCGGCAUGGGUGGAGGCUAUGGAAUGGGUGGCGGCAUGGGCGGUAGCUACGGCAACCCAUCUGGUCCAUCUGGCCCGAACAGCUGGUGGUAA